AUGUACAGAAACGCAGCUUCACGUCUUAGGGCUCUCAAGGACCGUGCUAGCAGUAGGGCGCUGACUAGGUUCGCAAGUUCAAGUGCUGUUGCCACCAAGACCUCUUCAGGGAGUUACUUUAGCUGGCUGACCGGGGAACAUUCUUCGUCACUCCCUCCUCUUAACUUUCCACUCAAGGAUGUUAUCCUCUCGCCACCACUUCCUGAUUAUGUUGAACCGGGAAAGACUAAGAUAACAACUCUGUCAAAUGGCUUGAAAAUAGCCUCUGAACCAUCGGUGGUACAAAUGUGUCUUAACUACUACUCUGUUUUUGAAGCAAAAUUUUCCAUUAUCUUAACCAAGUUAUCAUUGAUUGGUUUGUUGAAUAGGACCCUGUGGCCUCAAUUGGGUUAUAUGUUGACUCUGGAUCAAUUUAUGAAACACCGGAUUCAUUUGGAGCCACACAUCUUCUGGAACGACUAG